AUGAACGGCGGCCUCAGAAGCAAACAGUAUAUCGAAAAGAUUCUCGGUGUGAUCGUGGCCGACGGGCUGGCACGUGUUUCAUCAACCCGUGGCAGUUUCGCGGUGCGUUCGUACAACGAUACUUCCGUUACUAUGGCCAACUUGGGAGCGCCAUUAGAGGGUGAUCUGGUAUAUUGGUGGAAGAACGGCACUCCUUACUAUAAUGUCUCGACGGGUAGUUGGAAUGCCACAACCGAUAAUCUUGAAUUUGGCAAGAACCCGCAAGAAGUCCUCGACAACGUGGCGCAGCGAACACGCUUUGUUUUCGAGGCCGAACGGUACGGCUACGGCUCUGGAAAGCGCGGGGGGACCUUGACGUUUGCGCUCGCCGUCAUGUACGUCUACUUCAUCAUCCUCGGCGCCUACUUUGUCUACGUUAUGCUGCUGUCGCGGCUCUGGUUUAAGGAGCCGGUCCCUACAAUCGUCGCAUGGGAUGAUAUUGCAAAUCUUGUGUUGCUGGCGUGGAAUUCGAAACCACCCACCAACUCGCUACUCAGUCGGUCGAGUGUGGAAUCCAAGAAUGGCAGAAAGUGGAUGAAUGGAGUCGGGAUAAUGGCGGACGAUACCGGCCGAGCGCAUCUGACGACUACCUCUUCAGGGCUCCAGAGGUUGAAGAGGGGCUUCUCUUACCACUGA